AUGGAUCAUCUUGAAGUAGUUAAAUACCUCAUUUAUUGUGGGUGCAAUAAAAAUGAGAAAACAGAUGUUAAUAAUUCAGUAAUUCAUUGGGCAACACUAAAAGGAAAUUUCGAUGUCGUUGAAUAUUUAGUUUCAAUUCGGGCCAAUCUUAAUGAUAAAAACAAUGACGGACAAACUCCACUUGAUUUAGCAAAAGAAAAUCAAAACGAAAAUGAGAACUACAGAAAGAUUGUGAAUCUUCUUUUUAAGGCAGGAGCACGUUAA